GGUUUACCACAUGACAUUGCUAAACCUUAGAAUUUGCCAAAAAUCAUAGGCUAAACAAGGUAACAAACUUAGUUUGAAUCCAUCAAGAAUUAGGGCAAGAAACUCGUUCCUUAAACCCAUCUCAAUUGCAUUAUAGUCCUAACUCUUCAUUCCAUUUGUUCCCUCAGAACCAAUCAACACUCCUUCAAGCAACCAUGUUUCGCAUAGCAUCAAGAAUCUCUUCAAGAACACUCGUUGCUCUAUCAGCAAGACCCUCUCCCAUUUCUUUUAGAUCAUAUAACACUGGUUUGGCUUUGGACAAAAACUUAGCUGUUGAUGAUGUUGUUCGGAUGAGUCAAUACGCUUUGAGACAAGCUAGGUCUGAAAAAUCAGUUGGUUCUUAUGGUAUGGGUUAUUUGGUGUUGAAGCAUUGCCUUUCAACUGAGUUAACUGAAGGAAAUGAUCCUAAACAUGAGAAUUCCAAAGGAAUUGCUUUGCUUGCUAUGUCUACAUUGUUUUCUGAAAGAGGAGAUUAUGUUGAUGCAAUUGAGCAGCUUAAUGGUGUUCAAGAAUUGUCUAAUUCUUACUUGGGUGUUAGAGUUGCUGCCUAUGAAGCUCAGGCUGGACUUCAUCUAGAGUUGGAACAGGAUGAUAUGGCAUCUGUGGUGGCUGAUAAAUGCAUAGAGCUUGUGGAGAAUGAGAAAACAGAAGAUUAUGAAGCUCUAAAUGUUCGUGCUAGAGCGCUUAAAGGGUUGACUGAACUUGUCAAGGGAGAUAUUAACUCAGCUGAAUCUUACUUUGACGAAUCUCUACGCAACAAGCUAUGUGAAGGCAAUGCUGCUCUAUCAUAUGCGGAGCUCCAACAAACAAGGCAGAACUACACAGUGGCUAAAGAGAUUUAUCAGCAUGUUUUAGAAGGAGCCAGUGAACUUGAAAAGAGUGGCAAUGUAUACUUAGGAGGUGGUAACCUGAACAUGGAGGGUUUAAUGAUGCAGGCCAUGUGUGGUUUAGGACAGCUUGAAUCACAUUUGAGUAACUUCCGUAAGGCCGAGGAGCAUUUGACAAAGGCAUUAGCCAAGGCAGAGCUUAUCUAUGGUGAAACACAUCCCAAGGUCGGUGUUAUCUUAACAAGUAUGGCUCUUAUGUAUAGGCGUAAAGCAAUUGAGGAGAAAUCAAGUUCGCUUGUGGUUCAAGAGGGUCUCUACAAUAAAGUUGCAAAAAUUUUGAAGUUUCCAGCAGCUGAAUCUGAAGGUACUGAUGCUGCUGCACCAUCGGUUAAGAGAAAUGAUAUAGUGGCGAGAAAUGAUAUAGUGGCUCUUGCAAGCGGUGGAUUAGCUGAAGUACUCAAUGUCCAAGAAAAUAGACGGAGUGAAGGAGAAAAGAUGAAGAAGUUGUCCAAGUCCUUAUGGAAAAACAGCAGGAUGUCUCUGGAUGAUUUUCUAGGAAAUACAGAAGCAAACAUAAGUCCAGUUGUUGAUGCUCGUAUUUCCAGGCUUCUGUAAAUUGAUCCAUCUUCUGCUGCUGUAGGUUUAGGUUGAACUAAUGAUAAAUGAAAAAAAUGUUAUGAUGACAAGACACGUAAAGUGAUGAUUGUGGUGAAGCAUUAGAUGAAUUCUUUAUGGUAGUAACAUAACACUAUCCAUUGUUGGAUAUAUUAGUACUUUAAUCAAUGAAUUAGGUUUAUUAUUGGGAACUUAUUAAAACUUGAAAUUUGAAACUUUCAGAUGAAGUUCCUCUUAUUUUUGUUUAUAAAUAUACUAGUUGCAUUGA